AUGGCGUCGGUCAUGAUAUUCCGUGGCGCAGUCAUUCACUCUCUCAACCUCAAAACUCUAGAGUUCAUUGACAACGCAACACUCGUCAUUACCAACGGCCAUAUCACAGGCUUCUGGAAAACAGUUGAGGAUGUCUCGGAGGAUACCUUCCCGCCUAAUUCAAAGAUCCACAAUCUCAGCUACGGAGAGUUUCUUAUCCCUGGCUUUGUCGACACUCACAACCAUGCUCCCCAAUGGCCGAUGCGGGGUCUUGGUCAAGGCCUUCACAUUCUAGACUGGCUCAACAAAGUCACUUUCCCUGUCGAAGCACGUUUCUCUAAUCCCAUAUAUGCGAAGAGAAUGUACGAGGACACUGUUCAGGACUUUUUGCGCCAGGGAAUAACGACUGCUUCUUACUAUGGUUCACGACAUGCUGAAGCGACACGUAUUCUAGCUGAUAUAUGCCAUGCUAGAGGGCAGCGUGCUUUUGUGGGUAAAUGCAAUAUGGACAGGAACGCGCCUGACUACAUUUGUGAGGAAAGUGCGGCUAUUUCUCUCCAAGAAACAAAGGAGUGUAUUGUCCAUAUCCGGGGCUUGGAGCCUAAAGACGAGUUGGUGAAGCCUGUUGUUACACCAAGAUUCGCCAUAUGUUGCACAGAUGAACUCCUCCGCGGUCUCGGCGAUAUGGUUCAAGCUGACGAUACUUUGACUAUGCAAACGCACUUCAACGAAGCUCAACAAGAGGUUGACGCUACUGCCGAAUUAUUCCCCGAAUUCAAGGGUAGCGAAGCGGAUCUGUACGAGAGCUAUGGCCUUCUCAAUAGGCGAUCUAUCCUGGCCCAUUGCACCAUCAUGAGCGAUUACGAGAAAGAGCGACUGGAGGCACUCAAAUGUGGCAUUGCACAUUGUCCGAUAGCCAACAUGACUGUCGGCGGAGGUUUCAUGGUCGCUCCAAUCCGAGACUUUCUGCGUCGUGGUAUCAAGGUAGGCUUGGGUACAGACAGUGGUGGCGGCUGGGCAUCCUCGAUGUUAGCAGUCAUUCGACAAGCCAUGAUAGCGUCGAAUGCGAGAGAAGUGUUAUCAGAGGGCAAAGACAAGGCUCUUUCGCUUGAAGAAGCUUUUUAUCUGUCAACUCUCGGCGGUGCAAACGUGUUAUGUCUGGAAAAGCAGAUUGGAAAUUUCGAAGUUGGGAAAGAGUUCGAUGCGACAUGGGUGACUACCACCAACGGUCUACAGUCAGCCAUGACUCCAAAGGAGUCUGGGGAUUCGCUGAGACACUUGUUUGAGAAGUAUGUCAUGACUGGAGAUGAUAGAAAUGUCGCCCAUGUUUUCGUGAGAGGUCGCAGAGUAGCAGGCAGUAAAGAUGGGCUACCAUAG